AUGACUCUGAAGCAAGAUAGGUUAUUCGUAGGCAAUUUUGUGGAUACUCCUUCCCCUGGUAAACUGAGAAUCAGGAAAGAGCAUCUGUUAGUUGUAUCAGGGGAGGGUUUCAUCUCACAUAUCGAUUCCAUUCAUUCAGAAGCAUCUCAACUUGUGCUCGCUUCAGCUUCUUCUGCUUCUUCUUCUGAUUUGGGUAGUAUAACAGAAUUGGGAAAUCAUUCAUUCCUCUUACCUACAUUCACAGAUCUACACCUUCAUGCACCUCAAUAUCUCUACUAUGGAACAGGCCUAGAUCUUCCCUUAUUAGAAUGGUUGGAAAGAUACGCUUAUAGGGCAGAAGAGAGGAUAGAUAGUGAUGAGAAACUAGCUGAGAAAGUCUAUGAGAAACUGGUGGGGAGAUUGUUGGAUGCUGGAACGGGUUGUGUGAGCUUUUUUGGCAGUAUCGCUGUUAGAUCAAACCUUAUACUAGCUCGGAAAAUGCAGGAAGCUGGAUUGAGAGGAUUUAUAGGUAAACUAUCUAUGGAUCAAUCUCCUCGGCCAACGUAUGGCGAAUCAUCAGCGAGUUCAUCGUUAUCAUCCUUAACCCAGUUCCUAGAUUCACUUUCAGAAUAUCUGUCAUCUUUCGAGAGUCAUGAAAGAUUAGUUCAACCUAUAAUCACACCUCGUUUCAUACCCGUUUGUUCGGAUGAACUACUGGUUUCCCUCCAGAAAUUAGGGGAAGAACGAGGUGUUAGAGUUCAAAGUCAUAUGUGUGAAGGAAGAGAUCAAAUGGAUAUGGUAUUAAAGGGACGAGGUAAAAGGGAUCAGGAUUUAUGGGAUGAACUCGGAUUCCUCGGUCCUAAAACCCUACAAGCUCACGUAACGUAUCUUGACGAAGAGAUGAUUCCCUUGGUGAAAGAUAGACAAAUCACAAUGGCUCAUUGUCCUCUGUCCAAUGCAUAUCUAUCCGAGAAACAAUUCCCAUUACGAGAGGCGAUUGAUGCUUCUCUUUCCGUCGGAUUAGGGACCGAUAUCGCAGGCGGAUAUUCACCUUCUAUCCAAGUCCAAAUGAGACAAGCUGUAAUCAUCUCACGUAUGAGAGAAGGUGCCAGAUGUGAAGCUAUGAAUUGUAGUUUUGCACAAGUUUCAGAGAAAGAAGGUAAUGCCAGUAAAAAUCUCAAAGUCGAUUGGACAGAAGCGUUAUAUCUCGCCACCAGAGGCGGUAAAAAAGGUAUGGGAUUAGGUGGAGCAUUCGAAGUGGGAAUGGAAUUCGAUGCUCAACUGAUCGAAUUAGCAAAUAAGGAGAACCCAACUGGUACAGGACCAUUGGACCUCUUCGAUCUUGAAUCGGAAGGUAAGCAAUUGACAGAUGAAUCAUGGAAAGAAAAUAUAGAGAGAUGGUGGUGCAAUGGUGAUGAUAGAAAUAGAAAAGGAAUGUGGAUACAAGGUAGGAAAGUACGAUAG